AUGGGCGGCAUAUUACUCCCUACGCUGGCCGAUUCGGUCAAGCAUGAUCUCCAGCACGCAUCGAAAUGCUCGAUCAAAACCGUGACCACUUUGCGACAGCUGUUUAUAGGUACCGGGAGCGAUGAGCUACCAAAGGAAACAAAAACACCAAAACGAGCAACGGCAAGCAAGCCAUCUUCAAAAUCCACGCGAACUGUUAGAGUCCGAGGCAGUUCGAAGAAUACCCUUCCCCCGCAACCGACGAACGAGGAAAACCCGCCGGCAUUGUCAAAACACGAGAAACUGGUACUUGCGACGGAAGUGUUUAAUAUCGCAUCCAAACUACUCUCUGAGCAUAUCAAGAAGCACUCGGUCUCGCGAGUUACCAAGACAGCGGGGGGGAAUGGAAGUCAACGAGUUAGGACUACCAGUCCAGCAAAAAUGCCGUUGCAGCCAACAUCGCCUAACCCCAAAGUGCACAAAGCGGAGAACCCGAAGGACACCCCAGAAGAAAGUAUAAAACGCAACGGGAACUGCCGAAUAAAACUAGUCGCGGAGUGUGCCAUGCUGUCAUUAGAGACUCUCCGCAGUAUACGAAUCUCCGAAGACACUUUCGACCCUAAUAACCUUCAUCUCGGGCAGGGAAUAAAUAUACUGGUUGGGAAACUAUUGAUUCUUGAACUUCAGGACUUGGCCAUAAAGGGAUUGUGGAUGCUGAAAUCCACUCUUCUGGUUGCCAUUGAGGCGGAGCGAACAAAAAGAACCAAUGGGCUCGAGAGAAAGUAUCUGGAUUCGCAGAACGCCUCUCUGGAAUCACUUCUAGAAUUUCAAGCCCUCCCCGAAAAUGGGCCACUUCUACAACUUAUGGUGUCAUUUCAAUCGUAUGCUCUCAAAGUUCUUUUAAUCGAAGGGAACUUGAACACAAGCCAUAAAGUUCUUCAACAACUGCGGUUAGGGAACCCAUGUAGCCCUACCAAUACCAUUCUAGCAGCCAACAAAAUAGGAAUCAUUCCUGACGAUAGGGCAGCCCAGCAGCUCCAGUCUCAUUCACAAAAUGUGCUAACUUUCUCCAUUAUACUCUCCCCCGCAGAAGAAAAGCAAGGUCCAAUCACGCGCCCAGAAAAUCCAAUGGUCCCUUUACUACUUCAGUUCCUAGCAUUGGAAAUUCGCUGUAUCUGGUGGAAACUGUCUGACCAUAAAUUGGACCUAGCCAAGGAACUUUGGGGUCCGCUUUCUCGAUUUAUUUCGACUUAUGUUCGACGGUGCCCCAAUUCUCACAAGCAUGAGUUUGAUGCCCUCCAGGCUGCAUUCAAUCAAUUGAAAGCUCGGCUAGAGUCAAUUAAGCCCCUAGGAAAUGACGAAUACAAGUCUUCAUCGAUGGCUGCAGUUGUAAAAACACUUGGCCAAAUAGCUUACAGUGCUGGCCGGCUAGAAACCGCGGCUGAACUUUGUGAGGCUUCCUCCACGUCGCUCAGCGAUGUACGGCCAUUGCAACGUGCAGUAUACCAAUGUCGAAAGGCUUUAUUGAAGGUUGAAUCAUUGAAGUCACAGUCUACUUCAGAGUCCGAAGCUUUCCAGGCAGUCAAUGAAGCUGCAACAGAUUUGACUGCAUCCAUGAAGGGUAAUCAAAAUGAACUGGACGAGUUACUCAUGGAAAGUGCGCUCCUUAAGAAAAUAAUUAUGAAACACAUAUCUCAAACGGGACCGUCUUCCAAGAAACCACUAGAUGGCGCAACCACGACCAAUGAUUCAGCCCUAGCUUAUUUGACAAGUUUUCUGAAAUUUCUUAUACGUUACCUGGCACCAGCAGUUCACGCUUCUCAGCAAGAUGAUACUGAUGCCGUUACGCGGUAUCUGCAAAGAUCCGGUAACAUUGUUCUGGCAGCAAUAGACUCGGGGAUUGCCGUUGGAAAACUUUUUUCAAGCAGCGGUUCGCUAUCCUGGGCUAAAGUUGAGGCUCUUUUGCCCAUUUGUGUCUCGCUCAGUCAGCUACUGCAAAAACUUGGUCCUUCCUGUGAACUAGAGAAUUGUCCAUCUGGGGAUGCAUCAGUUCGGUUACUGAGAAUAUCGAAUUUAUACUGGGCUACAUAUAUGCGCUAUAAAGACCUUGGUAAAGACCCUGUUGAAUUGCUUCAGCCCGUGGAACAGGCUACAAGUACCCUGCAACAUUCUGCCCUCACGGAACAGAUAUCGGGACUGCUUGCAAUUAAAUUCGAGAGGCAAGCAGCAUUGUAUUCAGAAAUCGGCAAUUCCAAAAAAUCGUCUAAGGCAUAUACCUCAGCAAUUCAUGCGCAUUUUGAAGCAGGGGUUUUAGCGGCUGCCUGUCAACUGUCAUCCAAGGAACAUCCACGUCUUAUUUGGAAGGAUCCUAAAGGACCUGGGUAUGCCCUCAGCCGGGUUUUAAGCUGUUAUAUCAAGGAGCAAAUCAAAUGCGCUUCAGGGGCAAAUCCGGUGAUAUAUGAUGUUGAAGAUCUCGAACCAUGUCAACGAGCAACGCUUCUUGAACAGGAACUGAACAUCCUCAUGGGACUAAAUGGCCCUUCCGCGUCAUCCAUAGUGACGGAGACUCUUCCGCCAUUAUUGUCAACAAUACUCUCUUUGUUGCCCUUGGACACCUACCCGAUCCGCCGGACAAGGAUUAUUCAUCAAACCCUGCAGUAUCUGCUAGAAACUAAUGCGAAUUCCAGCAAGGAAUUUUCCAAAUUUAUUCUUACUGAAGCGGCCCAGUGUUUGUCCUCUUCCAUUAUACCGUCCGAAGAUAAAUCUUUGGUUCUAUUUCGGGACGAUCUUCAGGCAUCAUUAAUGAUCACUGUCGCAUUCUAUUCAGGUAUGACACCUUUGAAUGUUUUUGAGAAUGCCAUCCAGACCUGGGUGGUUACUGUUCAAGGCUGCGAGUCAUGGGAAGCUGUCCAAAACCGGAUCGGGGACCCUCUCUCCUUAAUCAUUCAUUUACGCAGUUUGUCAGAUUAUCUUGAAAUCAGAGGGCUGUGGAGAUUGAGGAUAUCCGCCCUUGCUACUGUCAGCCAACUACUUGUUCUGCAAGACAAGCCAGACUUUUCAAUGAUGGUUUCUUGUUAUUCAUCCAUAGCCCUCCAAUACUGCCGACUAGGUAUCGAGAGCAUAUUUCAAGUUCAAUCAGUGUUUGAUAACGUCUCCGCGGAUCUUUCAAAGGAAACUUUCCAAACGAGGGCUGCAUGUGAGCGUUUGGCAACGGACGCUGCGACUAUAUUAUCUCGGUCUUUCUACUCUAAAGGAUAUCCUAAUGAAGCAGCAUACUAUGCAAAGCGUGCUGUCAAGCUAAGUAGCCGAUUAUGGGCUCGGCUAGAGAAAUACGUCGAAGCAAAGUCAGAGAAGCAUUGCAAAGAUAAGAACACAGAUCCAGACACCCUUGCCGAUGGUAUAGCCACUCUCCAUAUUGGUACGAAUGACAGCAGCCCAUCAAAAAGUCACUUCGAAGGCUCAGUUUACUGGCCAUAUAUGUCUUCUCAUGUCGCGGCAUUACUUCAACUAUCAAGAAUAUCAGAUCACAAUGGAAUCUUCCAGGAUGCAGUCUAUCAUGGAGAACAAGCAAUAGCUGUUUGCGAUGCGGUGGGUUCUCAAGCACUAUCCUCCCUCAUUAAAGCGGAGCUAGGCGAUCGUUUUAUUCGUGCAGGCCGUACGCACAAAGGAGCCGAGCUCCUUGAAAAGGUACAGGCUCUACCGCAAGGAGAAUGCGAUUUUCCCCUGUUCAUUUCAGUCAAUAUGCAUACGGCAUCUCUCCAUGUUCAGCGAAAGGAAGUUGAAUGCGCUUAUCGUGUUGUUUCCGAUUGCAUUAAUGCUCUCUCGGGCUUUACCAACGUCAGCACCGUGGAUUCUCUGGACCCUUUCAUAGACCCUAUCAAGGAAAUUGUCAAACAAACGGGGGAUAUGAAUAUCUCUUCCCCGAAAAAACCAAGUUCUCGCUCUGCUACCCGCACUACGCGCUCUCGCAGUGCUAGAAAACCACUCCAGGCAAAAUCGGUCGCUCGGUCGAACAUCUCUAUUAUUGGAGAAUCAGAAAGUGCACAAAAUCAAACGCUUGUUACACGACUUCACAGCAGUCUCAUCCGAAAGCAAGCCAUGCUUUUGCUUGCAUCACAACAGUUUGACCAAGUCGUCAGUUUACUUGACCAAGCGGAUAAGAUCCUUGAGGCAGAAACAGCAAUAUCCAGUCAUAAACUUUGUCGGGUGCAUUAUAUGUUAGGGCUAGCAGUACAGCAGCUCUCUGCCCAUUCUGUCUAUUGUGUUCUCCCAGAGUCAACUAUUUCACUUCCAUCCUUACAUUCGGAAGGCCACGGUUUGAAAGGGAGCUCGCGAUCAAAAUCACGGUCUGGAAAAACGGCGAAAUCUACUGUACAUUCUGAAAUUAACUUUUCAGAAACUCUAUCCACCGCAAGCAAAGUCCUUGCAGAUAUCUCUUUGCCAAUAUCUCAACAUGGGUCUAGUAAGGAGGGUCACGAAGUCUCAUAUCUUCGAAGCCGAACGUCUAUGCUAGCUUUUGCAACAUCAACAACGAGAAACUCUGACACAGAUCCAUUCCUCAUUGCUCAUUCCAUCGUGUCUUCGGAGGAGGGCUGUUUCAUGGAAAACUACGUCGAGAUCCUCCCUCCAGAAUGGGACGUCAUAUCAAUAACCCUUUGUCCGAAUCAAGACGAGUUUAUCAUAUCAAAACUGCGCCAAGGCCAAUGUCCGUUAAUAUUGCGUCUACCACUCAAAAGAGGCGGUGAUGAUGACAUGGACGAGGAUACAUUUAGCUUCCAGGAGGGCAAAGCGGAACUUUUAGAAAUCAUUCGUCUUGCCAAUGCUAGUGCUCAUAACACCGGCACGUCUCUUGGUAAGAAGGAGAAGAAAGCAUGGUGGGAAACGCGGGAAAAUCUUGACAAACAACUUCAAGAUCUCCUACAAAACAUUGAGACAGUAUGGUUUGGGGGAUUCCGUGGCAUAUUUUCUCAAGCCACUAGGAAUGAUCUUCUGUUAGGGAAAUUUACAGCUUCCUUCAACAAAAUCCUUGACAAGCAUCUUCCGUCAAGAAAGGAGAAACGAGGAAAGGCCAAGACUACAUAUCCAGAUUUUGAUCCUUGGGUGAUGGAACUUUUUGUCAACAUUGGCAGACUUAACGACGAGAUGAAUCCAGAAGAUGCUGUUAUGGAUCUGUUAUAUUAUGUCGUUGAUAUCCUUCAGUUUCACGGCGAGACAAACGCGUACGAAGAAAUAGAUUUCGACAUGAUGGUAGUGGAAACCUUAGAUUCGCUACAUCGUUAUGCGGACGGGUGCAAGUGGGAGCAAGCGCCAACACCACCUCGACACACAAUAUUGGUUCUGGAUAAGUCACUCCAUGCGUUUCCCUGGGAGUCUAUGGAGUGCCUGAGAAAUUGUUCAGUCUCACGCAUGCCCUCACUCGACUGCGUGAGAGACCAGAUAUUACGGCUGACAACUCAGGAGAGGCAUGAAGGUGGCCAAUUCGGAUUCUAUGCUAAUCGAGAUAGCGGUACUUAUUUACUGAAUCCAGCUGGGGAUCUCAAAUCCACAGAGGAUAUUUUCAAAGAGCCACUUUCCGUAUUGAAAGGCUGGUCCGGCCGAAUAAAGACGGCGCCAACCGAAGAAGAAUUUGAGUCAUCGUUGCGGACUAAGGACAUCCUGUUAUACUUUGGACAUGGCAGUGGAGCUCAGUAUAUCCGAGGCCGAACUAUUCGAAGACUGGAUAAGUGCGCAGUGACCUUCCUUAUGGGGUGCAGCAGUGGUGCCAUGACAGAGGCUGGUGAAUUCGAGCCAUAUGGGACCCCAUGGAACUAUAUGCAUGCUGGAACACCGGCUCUGGUAGCAACUCUCUGGGAUGUCACUGAUAAGGAUAUUGACAGGUUCACUACUUCUGUGUUUGAGCGAUGGGGUCUUUUUCCAACCCCAGAUACAACUGCGAAAAGGCCCAUUGCAUCGGCUUCAGGUAUCAAACACACAGGCCAAGUCGGCCUAGACACCGCCGUAGCUGGCUCCCGGGAUACUUGUAUUCUCAAAUACUUGAAUGGAGCAGCACCGGUUUUAUAUGGAGUUCCUGUGUUUCUAAAGUGA